AUCGAUUGUAUAUGCCGGGUGAAAAUGUCAGACGGGAAGUGUGAACACUAGGUCAUCGAUGCCAGAAGGAUAGAAACCUACGAAAUUAUGGCAGGAAGUAACUUUGUGAUUUGCAGUGGAGUUUCUUUCUUCUUGAUUUCUUCUCUUUUCUUUUUUGAUCCGCGAAGCGCCCACAACGAGAUAAAGGAAGAACUGGAAAACCUCUGAAAACAACGGUACUGAUAAAGAGUCAGUGACCUUGGACUGGAACCCGCUCGUUCCAUUCUUUACUCGAAGUUGAGAAACGCGAGAGAAUGGGAACAACGAUGAUUUCCACGAAAAAGCUGUUCGCGAGAUUCUCGGAAACCACACGCCAACCCGUGGAAGCUACUAAUUUAUAAUUAGUGACACGUUUUGGUUUUGUCUUGUUCUUUAUUUGCCCGAAAAUGCCGUUCAUCGACAAGGACGAGCCCUGCGUAAGGGCUAUUCACUACUGCUCUAAAUGUAGUCGAAAAUUUACGGGAAAAGAUUCAAAAGAGAGUUUGAUACAACACUUACAGAACAGCCCAAAACACAAGACAUCUUGGGUACCCGAAAGCUGCAACCAUUGUGGAAGGUCCUUUUCCGAUACCCACGCUUUAAUUCAACAUCUACAGAAUAAUCGACAUCAUCUGAAAGAUCUGCACCACGCCGCAUGUACGGGGAAGUUUCAGCUCGUAGGUCAACUCAUGACAAAUGAACACGCGAACCAGACCGGAGAUUCGCACGCUCCGUCUUCGAAAUCACAGACGGGCUAUACACCGAUGCACUGUGCCGCAUUUGGUGGUCAUGACGAGUGUUUGAAGAUCAUGCUCAGUUGGCCGGAUGGUGAUCCAAACGUUGUUGAUCCAAACGACGGUCGAACGCCUGUUCAUCUUGCGGCGUGGAAGGGACACGGCAGAUGUCUCAAGUUGUUAAUCAGAAAGGGGGGUGAUGUUCGUCGACCUGAUCACAGAGGAGAAACUCCCAUGUCAUUAGCAGGAGGUUCAAGUUGUUGGCCAGUAAUUUUUCGUCAUUUGGCUGAAGCAACAGUGCGGCGAAGAAGACUUUCCCCCCACGACUUUACCAUCUCAGUUGAAGCUGCAUUGAAGAAUCUUUCUGCUGAAAAUUUGGACUGGGUACUCUCUGGAGGAAAUCGUUCUGGGCAUUCUGAACAGUUCAAACUAGGAGCUCUUCAAGAAUCCUGUCGAGAGGGGGAGAUCAUUCUAGGGAGUAGAGGUGCCUGUCAAGUGACACAAUUUCCAUCAAACAGUGAAGAACCUUGCAGUGAACCCUAUGAAGUACUUGCUAGAGGAGAAGUGGCAGUUCAAAUAUUUAAUCAAGCCCUACGUGAAGGCAAAGCCUGUGUGUCUCGCAUGCAGCUCACUGUAAUUGGAGAUGUAGGUGCUGGCAAAACAAGCCUUGUACGCACUCUAAGUGGAGAGGCCUUUAUAGAGGAACGGAGGGAGACGCAUGGAAUUGUUACAUCUAUGGUUGAGAGGACGGAGUUAGAUGAUUCAUGGCAUACUGCUGACCUGAACAGAUCCCACGUGGAUGACAUUUUGGCUGAUAAAGUAUGCCGAGGAAUUAAAGAUUCCCCGGGUGGUGAACAGUCACGCAAUAGCCAGGGAAAAUUGUUAAGCUCCUCAGGCCCGGGGCAGUCCUUUUUACCCGAAAAGAUUCCUCUGAGACGUCUUUUAAGCAUUGAGAGUCGACCCUUAUCAGAAACUAAUGACUUGUCAGGUGAGGGUACAAGCAUGGUCCCAAUGCCUUCUACUAGAUGUAUCAGCAGACGUGAAGAGACUCCUCCACGAGACAUACCAGUCGAGCAAAUUGUUAGAAGAAUGAGUGAAGCUUCUCUGGGUGAGAAAGAAAACAAGUACGCCAAAAUCAGCAUCUGGGACUUUGCUGGUCAUCCAUUGUAUCAGGCUAUGCACCAUGUUUUUCUCAAUAGACGCUCCUUCUAUCUGGUGGUUUUUAACCUGGUUGAGCUCUGCAACUCUGAGACUACCCAGAAGGCACUAACAGAAAUUCACUUCUGGCUGAACUCCAUUCGUGUCCACACUCCUCAGGCGACACCUGUGUUCCUGGUGGGAACCCGUCGUAGUGAAGUAAGCGAGGAAGAUAUAUCUCAUGCAGAAGACGUUCUGCGCUAUGAAUUCAUUGAGAAAUUUGGGCAGCAGCUAGUGAAAAGCAAGGUAAAGAGCUUUUUGUUCGCCGUAGAAAACUCCCUUGGCGGUGAUGACGAUGGUGCUGUGGAGCUAAAGAACGCCAUUGAAGAGGAGGCUUCUCGCCUGAUGCUAACGGAUGAGGAACUUCCCGUUCUGUGGCUUCAUUUUGAGGAAAAAAUCCUAAGACUUAGGGAGAAGCCAGAUUGCCCAUCCUGUGUUAGUAAGGACUUCCUGAAAAAAAUGAUGGGGGGGAGCUGUCGUGUCGUGGAAGAAGAAGAGUUCCAAAGUAUGCUGCACUUUUACCACGACAGCGGUGUGAUCAUUCUGCCAGAAGAGUUAAUCGGACCAAAGACCCAAAGCUCAGAGUUGCAGGACUUGGUAGUCAUCAAUCCGCAAUUUCUGGUUGAUGUCAUGACCUGCCUUCAUGACAUUCCCACGUGCUUGGAUGUUGACCGUGAGCAUCGUGGUCAAUGGAAGGUAUUGCAAGAACAAGGAAGAGCAGACAUGGGUCUUCUGGAGCAUCUGUGGAAAGACUUUGAUAGCCCUGCCACAAAACUAGUUGGUAUCUUGGAAGCUUCAGGAGUGCUGUGUCCCAUCUCGAAUUUGGCAGACGUUGAAGACCCUGAAGACGGUAGUGAGCAAGAUGAAAGUGAAGGAUCUGAUCCAGUCAGCAAGUACAUUGUUCCUUUUCACCUAAAAGAGAAAUCCCUGAAAGGAACGUGGCAAAAGCUUUGUCGAAAUGCCUGGGAUGGAAUCUGCAAUUCAGAUAAAGUGUUAAUGUUUGAUUUCCACAGCUUCCGGCCUCCUGCACUGUUCCAAUAUUUCAUUGUUCGCACAGGAGCAAAGAGCAAAUCCAGCCGUGGUAUGAGGCCUGUCAUUGCUAAACAUAUGGCCAUUUUCUCCUUUGAAGACAGCUACUUCAUUCUUGCAGAGGAGUGCCAGAAAUACAGUCAGAUUCGAAUAAGUGCCAGGUACAAAAAUGGGAAAAAGCUCCAUGAAUUGUUCAGCAUCUUAAUGUCAAUCAUGACAGACAUCUGUCAGCGCCAGUUCCGGUUUCUUAAGUUCAGUUUUGGACCUGUCUGCCCCAACCCAAGAUGCCCUGGAUCCUCGUCGGAUGGCAAGGUUCUUCCAUUGGAUCCAUUUUCUGAUGAAAGUGAUGAGAACAGCGAUGGUAACUCCACAUGUGAUGAAGCCUGUUCUGGUCCCCCAGGGGAGGGUCGUCACCACGUGAUAUGCAUCGAUCCAGCGGUGCCAACAAGGCCAUUAUGGUGCAACAGUACGCCAGUUCAUGAAUUUGAAGAAAUCAAGCAGUGGCUUGUUAAGCCCGAGAAUGCUGUCUCAAAAGUCCCGGAGGAUUCUCCGUGUUAUUCCAGCCCAGUUGGGGUAUGUUGUCUUGCUUUAGUUGCUAAAGCAAUGGCCAACGACUGGAAGUUUCUUGGCAGAUUUCUGGAUGUCCCAGAAACAACCAUUGACAACAUUGAGACAGAGAACAAAUCACAAGACGAAAGGUCGUAUCAAGUCCUUAUUAGUUGGCGUCGAUCCAAGGCCUCUAAAGCAACAGCGCACACUCUGAUGAAGGCAGUUCAAGAUGUUGGUAAUGUAGACGCUAUGGAGAGAUUUGAUCGACACCUAGGCGAGAGCCAUGUCGGAGGAACAGCAAUCUCAGAGUGAAGACGGACUUAAUGUAACUUGUCUUCGUGUUGGCUUUGUUUUUGUAUGUCCAAUUCCCUUUACGAGACGUGCCUGCAGGGAAUCAUGGUAGUUGUAUUCAUCGAAACAAAUAUCCAGUCCAAGGUGAUGAAUACAACUAGCAUGAUUCCUUGCAGGCUCGUCUCGUAGAGGGAAUUGGCCAUUCUGUUGUUGCUGGCGACCCAUGGGAAAAAAUAGUUGUCUUUUGUUUUUGUAUGUUCUUUAUUUUUUUGUCUUUUUGUUGAUUUCUGUUGUUUUGCUGUUGUUUGUUUUUUAAAUUUAGUUUUCAAAUUACGUACGCAUGCCGCAAAACGAAACUGAGCUACGGAACACAGUUUCUAUGAAUGCCGAGGUACUGUGAGGGUACCUUAGGGUAUUCCGCCCGGGAUUGUUCUGUUUGGAAAAAAGGGUUUAAGAAACCACCAGUACAUGUCAGAAUGCCUGCACUGAAUUCAAUCUUUCCUUACAAAAACAGCAUUUAAGCUAUAGUGGUCAAACUUUGUGACUUUUUCUAAGAGUUAUCAGGAAAAAGUUUGGUGUAUCAGUUGUUUGGCGACGUGACUUAUUUGGUCUUCUAGGAACAAGUUUCUCAGUUUAGUUCGAACUUAGAUAUUAUGACGAUGUUAUUCCAAAUUCUUUUCAUUUAAUGUAUGGUUAUAUUCCUGAUUAUCUGAAUCAUUUCUGAAGCUGUCCUGACUAAUCAUUUGGAAAACUUUGGAAAUCCAAGAUGGCGGGCAUUUUGACACGUGUGAUGUCAACAACAACAACAACAACAACAACAACACACACUUUAUUAUCAAAACAGAAAAAACUCUUAGUUACAAAAAAAUAUGAUUGAAACAUAAAACUACGUAAUUCACCCAGAAUAACUUAAAAGCUAAUCUAGCCGAGUGAAAUCAUUUUUGUGUUCUGUAGUCAGUGUAGUGUCGCGAUUACCACAAAAAUAAACAAACGGGAAUGCCUAAGUUUGAUAACCACUGAGUGGAUUAUUUUGGAGAUACAUAGGGUUCAAAUUUCCUGCUAGUGAUUAAUGAUAUAGUGUAACAGAGUUAAUAGUAGGUAGCUUGUACGUGGUAUGUAUCAUUAUAUCAAUGUAUUGCCGUGUUUUCACGAGACAGGUUUACUACGAUUACUGCUUACCGAGGUUUCGUGACUAAACCGCAGUUAUUAGAGAAGCUGUUUACACGGAACUAAUUAACUAAAGUAGGCCGCGUACAAUGGACGGUUUGAGGUUUUCUCGGAAAGCAAGUGCUGCAAUGUUGCUAUUGGAAAAUUACAAAAUUUCUGACUUUAUCCCAAUGCCGAACGCAGGUACCGAUCGUUGUUAAUUGGCUUGCGGUGAUGUCGAAUUCUCCUUAGAUGUAAAGCUUUGUAGAUGAAUAGUGGAAAGCAAAUUUUGAUAUCUCGCUGGGCCGUCUUCCCGCAAAAAAACCUGAAACGGCAUCUGCCGCGGAGCCCGGGCAACGUAAAUGUUUACCGGUACUUCUUCUUAUUCGGCGCCGCUUAAAAUUCGAACAUUUGCUUUUCUUCUCGAUAGACAUAAACAUUAGUUUAUUUAGCUUUUUUUGCCCGUUGACUUGAAACCUAGCUACUUACAUUAAGAGGAAUCUUUGUCUUUUUGUCUUUUCUUCACGCGCUGAACGCGUGAACACUUGCUGCCAAGAUGUCGCGACAACGUCUACUUUUCCUCGGUUGCCGUCAGUUACUGUGUUACGGAGCUAACUCAUGCCUGAUGAGGCGUUCAACUGUCGACAAACCUAGGUUGGCUUACUUUUGAUUUUGCGGCCAUUUACCGAGGUUUACUACUGUGUUUACACGAUUAAAAAUUUCACUUCAGUAAAGUUAAAACAAAACCAAGGUAAACAGCUCUCGCGAAAACACGGCUAUAUCAAGUAUGUCAGAUGACAAAGUUUCAGAUCGAAGCACAAAACUGGCACCACGUAGCCAGCAGUUUGCCUAGCUCCUCUCGGGAUUUUCCCAGAAACUGAGGCCUAGGAACUACCCAAGUAAGCAUAUAACAUGACAUAAAGUGUAGGCAAUCAUUUGCUAAUGUCAUUGUUUACUUUGAUUCUCUCAUAAGCAUACGACUUUGCUUAGAGUGGGUGUCAUGGUGGACAAGUGACCCCAAACAUUGAAGGAGCUUUUGAAACCUAAUAACUGUGAAAUCGUUAGCUCUUUGGGUGAAGUAUUAGACAAGAUAUUGGAUUUCACCAGCUGAAAAAAUUCUGGGUGGUAAAAGCGCUAAUGAGCGCAUACAAUCCUUUUGAAUUUUUAAGGUUUUAAACUUGCGUCAUUCCAACAGUAUUAGUUCAUCGGGCUCAAAUUCCUUGGUAGAGUUAAUCGUGCCAUGCAUGACCUCGGAAUAUUUUUCAAGCUCGAUCGGAUUUUGAAGCUUUUAUGCAAGCUCGCAAAAUAUUGCGAGUAAUGAUUUCUCGAUACAGUCUUUCAAAGACUUAUGCAAACGAGGAAAUAAAUAUUUUUCCAAUCACUAUUAAUAUAAAAAUAUACCAUUAAAUAAUAUGACUAGUAAUUGUCUAAUUUACGAUUGUAACAUGGUACUAAUUCACAGUUGUUCGAUUUCUCAAAAAGAGAGGUUUUAAAAUUAUUAUAAUAGGAUCUACAACGAUGUUAAAUUGAAUUGCGUCUCAAUGAUGGUUUCAAUCAGUUGGCCUUCAGGGUAUUCCUGCGCAAUUCCUAAUUGCAAAGAAAGUAACAUCAUGGGUGAUAAAUUACUCCUUAAUUUUGACGCAAAAUUUCAGCGUUAAUUUAUAAUUUCACUUUUGAAAUUAAUUGCCAUGGCAACGUUUGGCGCGAAAUUUCUCGAUUUAAUAAAUAAGUCAAAAUCCCACGAUUGUAAGCGUUAUUUCUCACCCAUGAUAUUAAAAGUUAAUCAAAUAGUAUACUCGUGAAAUUAGGAAAUAAUUUCGCUUGCGUUUUGUCAA